GUAAAGUGUUGCAAGUGGAAGAUGACCUGGUGAUUUCUUUCCAGUUGUUGCUAUGUGUCUUAGUUUAUUUUAUCAAACUGUCACCUCCUGCUAUGCUCAAGGAACCAUACAAGUCUGCUGUGACUGCAGUGGCUGUUAAUGGUUCAGCUCGAACUCCAAGAAGAGGUCAGAACAGGAAUACACGUACUUCAAAGCAAAUUGAUACCGAUACAAAAGUUAUUGAAGUCCUUUGUAAAGAGCAUGAUUGUAAUUUAGAUGAGGUCAAAAAUGUGUAUUUCACAAGCUUUAUUCCUUUCUUGAGUUCUAUUGGUAUUGUAGCUUCAAAUGGACUACCAGAGGUUGAGGUUCUCUCGAAACAGUAUGAUGAGCUCUAUCUCAAAAACAAAGAUAUAGAUGCAAGAUUAUUUCUGGACCAUGAUGAAACUCUACAGCCUGAUGUCAUACCAUGCUCACAGUUGGAGAGGACACCAGUAAAAAACAAUCCAGAUGAGGAACUUAAUUUUAUACUUCCGCAGACUCCUGUUCGAGCUGCAAUGAAUAACAUUCAGCAAUUGAUUAUGAUUUUAAACUCUGCAACUGAUAAACCAUCAGAUACUCUCAUCAUAUAUUUCAAUAAUUGCACAGUGAACCCUAAGGAUAGUAUCCUGAAAAGAGUAGAAAGUCUUGAACACAUCUUCAAAAAGAAAUUUGCUGAAGCAGUUGGACAGGGAUGUGCUGAAAUUGGCUCACAGAGAUAUAAGCUUGGAGUACGUCUGUAUUACAGAGUAAUGGAGUCUAUGCUAAAGUCGGAGGAAGAGCGCCUCUCAGUGCAGAAUUUUAGCAAACUUCUGAAUGAUAACGUCUUCCACACGUCUCUUCUGGCUUGUGCUAUUGAGGUUGUCAUGGCUACAUAUGGCAGAAGCGCUUCACAAAGUGAUGGUACCAGUGCUGAAACAGACUUGUCUUUCCCAUGGAUUCUCAAUGUAUUUGACUUAAAAGCUUUUGACUUCUACAAGGUGAUUGAAAGCUUUAUUAAAGCGGAGCCAAGCCUAACAAGGGAAAUGAUAAAGCAUCUGGAACGCUGUGAACAUCGAAUUAUGGAGUCUCUUGCUUGGCAAUCUUUUCGAGAUAACAAGCUGUUAACUGGUCGGAAAGCAAUUGUACUGCGUUGUGUUACGCUAUGGCAAAAAGCAGAAGCUGUUGCUUUGGAGAGCGAGCGCAAGGCAGAAAGAGCUACUCUUCGUGCUUUCCCAAGCUCUUUGAGCUAA